AUUUCGCGCCGAGAAAGUGCGAGUGUGCAGUGAGACACGGUGGCGGCUGGUUCGAGGAUAUAUACGUGAAUUUAAAAAGGUCGAUUCGUUUAAGUUAAUGUUCUAAGAGAUUUUUUAACAUUAUUUUUUUAAGUACUCAAAUUUUGUAUAUCAUUGUAUAAUCGAUCUAUAGAAAUAAGUUUUUAUCGUUGUUCCAAUCGACACUGUGUACUCGUGCUUCACUGACAGGAAAAUACUAUACUGAACCAUGGCGGCUCUUAAACGAAUAGUCAAUCUAUCUAAAAGUCUUAAAACGAUGACGACUACGUCUCGUUUGUGCUGUUCCCAAACAUCGAAGAAGACCUAUUUUACGUACGUGAACGAACCCUCUAUGCCAAUAUUAGACAAGGAACCGUGCUGGCUCAAAACUGCCGAUGAAGCGAUCGAGAAAGCAGAAUUAGAUUCUGAUCAACUCGUAUUUGUCCAAGGUGCAGCAGCUACACCCACUGAACUGUUAAGGGCGAUGACUGAAUAUGGUGCCCGAUGUGACGUGAGAAAUGUACGACUGUUUCACAUGCAUCUUGAGGGUGAGGCAUCGUUCGCUAAGCCAGAAAAUGCAAAGCAUUUCAGAUCUAUCAGCUUCUUCAUUGGAGGCAACGUGAGACCAGCUGUUCAAACGGGUCACGCCGACUGCAUUCCAAUUUUCUUGCAUGAGAUCCCACGAGUAUUUAAUGAAGGAUAUAUAAAACCAGAUAUUGCCCUUAUCCACGUUACUCCACCUGAUCACCAUGGAUAUUGCUCACUUGGUACUAGCGUAGAUUGUGUACGAUCUGCUGUGAGCAAUUCUACACGCAUCGUAGCUUUAGUGAACAAAUAUAUGCCAAGAACAUUUGGCGAUGCUAUAAUUCAUGUCAGCCAUUUGGAUUUCGCUGUGGAGCAUCACAAACCACUUCCGGUGCAUCCCGUGAAGCCGCCGUCGAAAGAGGAACAACAAAUCGGUAAAUAUAUCGCCGAAAAUUUAGUAGUAGACGGAGCCACAUUGCAAAUGGGUAUCGGAAGCAUACCAGACGCGGUUCUGUCGCUUCUGACGAGUCACCAAAAUCUUGGAAUUCAUAGUGAAAUGUUUAGCGAUGGUGUAGUAGAGUUAGUGAAAAAGGGAUGUAUAACGAAUAAUCGCAAAACAAUGCACAAAGGUAGAAUCGUCGGUUCGUUCUGUGUUGGAUCAGAGAAGUUGUACGAUUUUAUGAACAAUAAUCCCUUUAUAGGUAGGUAUAUUUUAUACUGUCUUCUUUUUGUAAUGAACAUGGACAAAUACCACUUGAUGGAUUUUAUAGAAAUGUUGGCAGUGGAUUACGUGAACGAUCCAAAAAUAGUAGCCAAACAACCGAAUAUGACGGCUAUUAAUUCGUGUAUAGAAGUUGAUAUUACUGGUCAAAUUUGCUCUGAUAGCAUUGGAACUAGGAUGUAUUCUGGAUUUGGAGGACAAUUAGAUUUCAUUAUGGGUGCCGCUCUUAGUGAAGACCGUCAAGGAAAGCCUAUCAUUGCAUUACAAUCAGUUACCUCGAAGGGUGAAAGUAAAAUUCAACCCGUCUUAAAGUCAGGUGCUGGUGUUGUUACAAACAGAGCAGUUGCACGAUACGUGGUCACGGAAUAUGGAAUUGCCAGUUUAUUCGGUAAAAGUCUUCAACAACGAUCAUAUGAACUAAUUCAAAUCGCCCAUCCCGAUCACAGAGAAGCGUUAGAAAAAGCGGCAUUUGCACGUUUAAAAGUGAUGCCAGCGCCAUAAGCAGAUUGACAACAAUAUUCGAAGGAUUUGUUUUAAUAGCAUUUCGUGAUAGGUGUUUCUCAUAAGCAUAAACAUUUGUAUGCAUCGACGAAAGUUAUGAUAAAUUACAUCAUGAUUUUUUAAAUUUAUGUCAUCUUGUUAAAAGAACGGUAAAAUGAACUUAAGAAAAGAAGUAUCAAAAAUAGAAUUUCAACAUCACGUUAUAGCGAAUUGCAUUGUGGAUAUUUAUGUAAAGACUUUCAUUUUAGACAAGUCAAAAACAUUCGUCUAAGAAAUAGGAAUAAAAAAGCUUUUACUUUAACCGGGUAUUUAACUUUAAAAGUACAAUCGAAAUGUGGUUGAUGAGAACCAAGAUAGUAUAUAAUAAUAACGAAUAAUUUUUACACGAAAUUUGAAGACGUUCCUGUGUAAAUUAACGUUAUUGUAAUUGAGAGUACAUAACAUUUGAAACAAUAAAUUAAAAAUAAAAUAAAUAUAGAAUA